GUAAUUUAAGUCAGUCGUUACUCGCCUCCGAUCGAACUUCGAGAAGAAAGCCAGGACCGAAGCCUCGAAGGGUGCCGCAGAACUCCGUGCCGGUGCCGGCAUCCCCUAGCCCUUCGUUGGCGCAGCUGUUCGCCGCCGCCGAUUCACCGCAACGACCGAGCAGCGGGAGCGAGGAGAGCGAGAGCGCAAGCACGACCCACCACAAGGACGGCCGGCCAAGGAACCUGGGUCGCGGCGUUUCGAAACCGAAGAAGAACACGGUUGCCUCGUUGCUCGCUCAGAGCAGAGCCCUGGGAAUCAAACCGACGCCCACGUUGGACCCCAGUGUGCCAUUGUCCCAUCAGGUCUCGUUACUGAGGUCGAAUAUUCUGGCUGCUCAAUUGCACGCUACAGCGACCGGUCAGACCGGUCAGACAGAUGACAAGAAUCAGCGGUCUUUGCAGGAGAAGAUGAAGAACAAGUUGCUCGAGGUCUCCGGCGAGGAGAGCAACAUGGACGUGACGAGCGAAAGCGGUAGCAACACAGACGUUGUGACGGAUACCGACGACGACAACACGGACGGCGUAUCAAGCGCGAAGAGAAGAAAGGUGAAGCCCAGCGAGAGGGAUCUCCAGGUGCCGCUGGAGCGCGGUUGGAAGCGGGAGACCGUCAUCAAGGGAUUGGGGAAGUCGGGAGUGAUAAAGGGUGACGUGUCUUAUUACAGCCCUUGCGGAAAGACGUUCAGAAGCAGCCCGGAUUUAGCCAAGAAUUGGCUGUUUCAGUUUCUAGAGCAACAGAAUCCGCCCGAGUUGACGACCGCCAACUUCUCGUUCUCCUCUCGCCCACUUGUAGGCGAGUUUCUACAACCGACGAUGGGCCUCGCGGAGGCGGAAUUCGUCAGGUUGGGGGCUCAGGAAGUGGCGAGAAGGUUGGAGGAGUUGAGAGCCGCGGGUGGUUUCAGGGAUUCGAGGACGAAUAACCAAUACGAGAGGGAGAAGUUGGCGUACGCGAAAAAAUUGGCCAAGGAGGAGGCGCAGCGACACAAGGAACAAGCUAGGUUGAUCAAGGAGCAAGAGAAAACGGAGAGACAGGAGGCGGUUAGACGGGAGCGGGAGAUUAGGAAUCAACAGUUGCUCGAGGCUCGGAAAAAACGGCAGGAAGAGGUGGAGAAGAUACGACUGGAAGAACAACAACGAAAGCAACAGGAACGCGAGCUGAAGCGGCAGCAGGCAGUUAUGCUGAAAGAACAGAUGUACAUGCAGGAGCUCACCAAGCAGCGCGAGAUGCUCUACACCGUCGAGCUGGAAAGAGAACGAAGGAGGCAGCACAUGGCAUUGGUUCGAGCGUUAGAAAACCGCCGAAAAAUGGAGGAAAGGGAGAAAAAACGAUUGGAGGCGAGAGCCGAGAGAAUAGCAACGAAAGAGAAACGUGCCGAACAAAGGAAGAUGGAGAUGGAACUGAUCGAACAGAUCAGAAAGCCUGUUGAAGAUAUGGAACUAACUGAUCAUAGAUCACUGCCAGAACUAAAACGAAUACCUGGUCUGAAAUUAUCCGGCCAAGCGUUUGCAGACAUCGUAAUGGUGUUUGAAUUUCUACAUAAUUUCGGCGAGACUUUAGGCUUUGAUAUGGAAUCGCUCCCAAGUUUAAAAAGCCUUCAAUUGGCGUUGCUCAAUGACGAGGAAGCAGAGGAAGAGCUUCUGUCCGUAAUGACACAUCUAUUAGUAUGUGCGAUCGAGGAUCCAGGAAUCCCUCAACCAGCGAGACACACGACAGGCCUUGGCCAAAGCCUCCGACAAGCUGACAUAACGCAUGCCAACAUCAGUGAAGUGUUACGAAUCUACUUAUACGCGAACGCGACAGGAGAAGUGAAGGCUCUGACAGGAGUAUGUCUAGAACGGGAACGCGAUAAGAAAUUUGCCGAUCAUCAUCAGAAUGGUGGUGAUUAUGCUUCGACCUGUUCGGGCAAAAAUGCUCAAUUUUACGAGCAUCUACAUAAUAACGAAACAUGGAGGAUGUCCGAAAGGUUGCGAGACAAACCAUUCCUAGCUUUGAAUCCGACGCACAAGGCACAAAUGCUCGCGUUCCUUUGUAACGAGCUAUUGCAGAACAAAGCUGUGAUCAGACAGAUCGAAGGAAGCUUGGAAACAGUAGCUCAGUUAAGAAAAGAAAGAUUCGUAUUGGACACAAAGAUAAGAAAAUUGAGACAGUUACAUAGUCGAAAGGUACGAAUGGAAGCAGUGGGUGUAAUAGUUAAUAAAACUGGAGACACCAUUACGAUUGAGAAAAAAGAGGGCGAUGAGGAGGGUAACACGUCGUCAACGGCAGUAGGUACGACACCCACUCCUGAUGAGAUUCAUCAUGAAGAUGAAGUUGAAGACAUGUCCGAAAAUGAGAGUGAAGGAACUCAACCUGAGGAGGAAGAAGACAAAAAUCUCUCUGGUGAAGAGCUCGGUAAAAAGUUGGACAAAUUAUUAAAACAGUCAGAAGAACAAUUGCAAAAAUUGAAUAGCUCUUCAAAACAACUACGAGCCCACAUAUUUGGUCAAGAUAGGUAUUGGAGAAGAUAUUGGGAGUUAGCAUGUGCAGGUGGGAUUUUCGUCGAGGCCAUGGAAAGCGCAGAACCUGAAAUCCUCGAGUUGCAAGCUGAAUUAGACGAAAAGUACAAAGAUGUAUCGAUGGAGGAGAAAAGAGAAACAAAACAAGAAGACACUAAAGUCGAGAAUCGUGAGAAUGAAGCUCCUAAUGACGUAAAGAAGGAAAAGAAGUUCAAUUCAAAUGAUCAAGAAGAUAUGAAACCUUUAAUAGAAAAAACGAAAUCUGAAAUUGAAGAUAUUAAUUGUAAGAAAGAACCUAUGCAAAACUGCGAAAAUUUAACGAAUGUUAAGGAAGAGAAAAAGAAUGAUUUAGAUAAUUCAAUGACUGAUGCAAAGACCAAUGUUACAUCUGAAGAGAUUAAACAAGAAACAGAAGUAAUUAGUAUGGAUGUGGAUGUCAAAGAAGAAACAAAAAAAGAAAAUGACGAAACGGAUGAAGAUAUGAAACCAGCGGUAAAGAUGAUGGAAGAUAAAAUUGUUGAAACAAUUCCAAACGGUGAUAAAUUCAAUCAUGUGAAUAACCUUCAUAAUGGGAAGGAAUUGAAUGGCACCUUUAUUUCCAAUAAUAGUAACGAAUCGAAUUGGUUCUCAAUUUUACCUCGGGAAACUUGUGAUACUCCAGGACCAAGUACCAAACAAAUAUUUGGAAUAGCCGAACCAACUGAACUGAGAAUACCAGUAUUUCCUCCACCGGCUAGUCCAAAUUAUGAUAGAUGUGAUAGUCCUGCUCCUUUAAUUUUGACUCAAGAUGAAGCAGCGCAACUUGAAUAUUUAAAAGUUCAUGGUUUACCACCUCCUGGAGAAGCUAAACCAGUACCAAAUGAUUUAAGAUAUGGCUGGUGGAGAAUAACGGAUGUCGAUACGUUUCAAGAAUUGUUGGAACAUCUUCAUUCUCGCGGUGUUCGCGAAAAAGAACUAAAACGUACAACGUGGGCGACUAUGGAAUCUUUCUUAGCUGUUACAGGCAAGAUCAACGUAGAUCCUGGCAAUCUUACUGCUACAGAACUUCAAGCGACACCUGAUGAACCUGAUACGCCAAUUCCAAAACCAGACAAUCCGGCAGUCUGGAGUGAACAAGUUGCGCUACGCGUGGAUGCGCAAUUAUUGGAACAAGUUGAGGCCCUAGAAGAUAAAGUCGCAAAUGCCAGCAUGCAGGUCAAAGGCUGGAAAUUGCCUCCACGGGCAGGAACCGAGGAGGCUGAAGAAAUUGAAAAACUGAACGAAAUGGAAAAGAUCAGUGCAGUUGAACAAGCCCGGCAAAGGUUAUUGUCUCUAGAGGCCGCUAUAGAAAGGAGAUAUUUGAAACCACCGUUAGGUGUUUGUACGGGAGAUCCAAACUUAGCGGCUUUAAAGGCAGAACAAGCAGCUGCUGCAAAUGCGAAUUCGAAUAAUUCGGAUCAGAGCAAUCAGACCCCAGUACCUCAAGAAGAAACAACUCCAAGAGGGCUAAACAACUGGCGAGAGGCAACAGCUCGAGCACAUACAUCCGCUCAGCUGGCCAUGGCACUUUAUAUGUUGGAGGCUAGCAUCGCUUGGGACAAGAGCAUCAUGAAGGCUGUGAGUCUAACACCAGCUAGAAACUCGGUCUGCGUCAAGCUACGAAACCGCUGCGUCUCACUCAAAGCUACCACUCAAUACAAUCAGCUAUUGACUACUUCUCAGGCCUCUAAUUGUCAAUUUUGUCAUAGCGGAGAUAACGAAGACAAAUUAUUACUGUGUGAUGGUUGUGACCGCGGCUAUCAUACUUAUUGUUUCCGUCCAAAAAUGGAAAACAUUCCUGAUGGUGACUGGUAUUGUCACGAAUGCAUGAAUAAAGCAACAGGGGAACGAAACUGUUUGGUAUGUGGAAAGAGAGUUGGUAAAAAUUUAGUAUUAUGUGAACUCUGUCCAAGGGCUUAUCACACUGACUGCCACAAUCCUGUUAUGCCAAAAAUGCCAAGGGGAAAAUGGUAUUGUUCUAAUUGCCACAGUAAACAACCAAAGAAGAGAAAUAGUAGUCGAAGGAGUCAUACCAAAGGGGGAGGCACCAGAGAAAGUGAAAGUUCUGAUCAUCCACCAGCUAGUCCAACGCCGUCAACGGCAUCGAACACACACGUAGAGGACGUCAGUUCAUCGGAACCAGCAACCCCAACUGCCUCACCACGGAAGGAGGGAAACAAUAGGACGCUCACGAAGAAACAACAACGAGAGUUGGCUCCUUGUAAGGUGCUACUCGAACAGUUGGAGCAACAGGACGAGGCCUGGCCGUUCCUCUUGCCGGUGAACACCAAACAGUUUCCUACCUACAAGAAAAUUAUUAAAACACCCAUGGAUCUCAGUACUAUUAAGAAGAAAUUGCAGGAUUCCGUGUAAGUUACACGCGUACCAACGACUACUAGUUAAUUGAACGUACUCUCUAUUUAGAAAUGCCUCUUUCCCUAAACAUAAAAAAAAAAAGUUCAUCUAAGAUCUCUAGAAAAAAGCUCUAACUUGAUCGUCAGCUUCAAUCCGAAAAAAUUGGAAAAUUGCGAACAUGUUCCAAAGAGUGCUUCUCGAUACAGGUACAAGUCUCGCGAUGAGUUUUGCGCCGAUGUCAGACAGAUGUUCAUCAACUGCGAGGUAUUCAACGAGGACGACAGUCCCGUGGGGAAGGCCGGACAUGGGAUGCGCAGUUUCUUCGAAAUGCGUUGGACCGAGAUUACUGGCGCACCACCUCCACACCCGCAAACGCAUAGCUGAGGCUCGGUUCGUUCUCGCAACACCUGCAACAGUUUUGCCCACUUCUACUACUAGAGGGUAAAACCCUCGAGAGUAUCAUUAGGAAUAUCAUCGAAGAGAUUAAUCGCGAGACCUGUUUUCUCUGUGCUCUGUCGGCCUCGUUCUAGCGGUCGAUUGAACAACUUUAAUUCUAAUAGAGAAAAAAAUAAUAAUAAAACUCCACGAAUGCGGAUACAUCUUCGUGCGCGUCGCGUUACGUGCGUGUUCUAUUCGUCUCUGAUCUUUUAUUCGUUAUUCGCCCGUAAUCGACGCUCGCGUGGGCGCUUCUCGCAUUCUAAUCAUACAUAUACUUUAAUGCUCGAAAAUAAUCCAAUGGUGGCGAACGUUUUUAACGGCCCGUACUUCUCUCUGUAGCAUCGACGAUGAACUUAAAAAACGCGAUGUUACAAGAAUUCUAUAUUCGUCGAGACGCUUCUGCCGAACAAAACUCAAGUUGCGUUUAACGAACCUCAUAAGGAUUGUAAGUAGGAUAAAUAAGAGAAGCUUUAUCGAGGCCAGAAGCCGUAACAGAGAUUUUACGUAUACAAUUACGUUUUGUGAUUUGGAGCUUUUUAAAAUCGACGCGACUAAAAUAUCCAUAUGUGGGAUACUCUAUUGAAGCCUCCAACCUGACCUCCUCCUCGAGUAGAAAUGAAAUGCAAUGCAGAUGGUCACUGUACUUACCAAGUAAAACAAGUAAAUUUUGCCUAAGCGAACAAGAUGUAAUUUGCGAUUGUAUUAUACAGGCUUAGUGCCGGCAAAAGAAAUAUUUUGCAAAGUAAUGAAUGUGAAAAGAAGAGGUAUAUAUAAAUAAAUAUAAAUAUAUAUGUAUAAA